UUCCAUUUCAUUCCAGAUCUCAAAUUUGGGAUAUGAAAAAAAAAAAAAAAAAAGCAAAAACACACAAUAGCAAUUAGCAUACAUAUUUUUUUUUUGUGAGGUCAAUGCGAACCUGAAUUACGAUCACCGGUAACGAAAACCUUGACCCCUCUGUUCCUCAAGGUGUUAACCACCACCCACACCUUCUCCCCGUUGUCCACACUCUUCUUCUCGAUCUCCUUCUCAGCGUCAAAGUGGACUCCCACCUCCGGCGCCUCUGUCUUCAGCCGCAUCGCCACCACCUCCCCCACCGCCGCUGCCACCCUCGCGUCACACCCCUUCCCCCACUCGAACGCGCCCCUCACCGCGUGCUCCACGCUCGAAGCACUGGCCACCACCCUCCCCUCCUUCCACUGCACCACGUUCGCCGUCACGUGCUUCGCCGACACAAACACUCUCAAAACAUACCUCCUCAUUCUCCCCUUCGCACCCCACCCCAUGGGCUCGCCCAAUCUUAUAGCUCUGGGCCUUUCUCGCUCCCGGCCCAAUAUCACAUAUCCUCUAGAAACUAAAAAAAAAACAGAGAACGAAUCCAUAUCCAUAUUCCAUUCCAUUUUUAAUAUCAUCACACGAAUAUGGCAUUGGCAAUGGGAUUGAUGGCAUCAUCACCUACGAUCACGCUUAUCCCGCCACGACUCAGAUUCCUCGCGUAUCGCAGUAGCAAUAGUUCUAGUGUUGGCGCUGCUUCUAGAUUCUUCCAUUUGAGUUCUUCUCUUCCGCGUUCUAUCUCCGCCAUGAGUUCCUCCGAGUCGUCUUCUACAAAAACGGAGAGGGUGGUGAUUAAGGGGAGGGUGCAGGGAGUGUUCUACAGGAACUGGACGAUUGAGAACGCGACGCAGUUGGGGCUGAAGGGGUGGGUGCGGAACCGGAAGGAUGGGUCUGUGGAGGCUCUGUUCUCCGGGAGUGUUGACGCGGUGCAGGAAAUGGAGCAGAGGUGUCGACGUGGCCCUUCCGAUGCGCUUGUUACCGGAAUUCAGGUGUUCCCCUCCGAUGAUGACCCUGGCACCGGUUUUCAUCGCAAACCAACGCUUUGAUCUUCAAUCAAUCCAGACUGUCAGCUGUUUCGUCUUUGCAUUCGUAAUUAUGUAUGGGAGCUAGGAAGUGGUGAAUUGCGGUGCACGUAUCCUUUUUGAUACUAUUGUACUCUGUAGAUUCUGUAUUGAGAAUAAUUAUAUUUAAAUUGAACCUUGCAAUUUGACUCUGACUCAAGGUCAUAUUGAGAUAAACGUAUUGCUAAAUACAGUACAUACUGUGGUGAUUGUGGGCAUUAGCAGUGAGAGUAUGUUAGUUUAUAGAUACCAUUGGUAUUUGGGGCUUAUUAAUGAGACAAAGGCUAGGGUGGAGAAUGAGAUUAAGUGGUGUAUGGUGGACUAUUAUGAUACACCGAUAGAUUAAUUUUGUCCUUAAAAUAUCAUGGUGGGCUUUCUGUACCAUAACCUUUUUUUUUUCUUUCAAUACUCUACAGUAACUUCAACGCCACAACCUCCCUUCCUUUCAUUGCAACCUCGGUACCCGUUGAUGCCCAAAUACUCUAAAGGCCACCAAUGACGAUGCCAAAUACCCCAAGGACCAACUGCAUAGAUUGGUUGGAUCGCACAAAUGUUGCUCAAUAUGCAUAUGGGUUGGCUGCUCUCGGUCAUUGCAGCUGAUCACCCAAAAAUUAAUCUUUGCUGAUCUCGCAUCUGAUGAUUUGUUGAGUUUUUAUGCGGAUAGGUGAUACACUUGCUCAUGAGUAUGGUGGUUCUGCUACACACAACAAGGUGAUUUGUGUGUGGAAGAGACCCAUGAUUACUACAACCCAAAGUGCCAAACCUCCUCACUCAGUCACUCUUAACCAAAUUUUAUAACCAUGUUAGAUUUUGGGGAAAGAGAUAACUUUCGAAGACUAACCUCCAUGUGGAAACCGUUGUAGUGGGGGAGCGGAGACACCCGACGGAUGGAGGAUGAGACAAUAGAGGGAGAGAUGUUGAAGCUACUUUA